CGAUCCGGCCUGCUGUCAAACGCGCCUGUCAUGGACGUACCUUCAGCCCGACCGUGCAAGAAUGGUGUAAGCGUCGUUGGCAGCGCAAAUUUUCGUGCCCGAGCGUUGUAAUUGAAGUAUUUUCGUACAGUUCGUGCCGUGUUUUCGUGAAAGUGCAGCAGCCGGAGUGCAGCCAAUACGUGUUUUUCUCCACCAACUGCCACUGGCACACGCAAGGAGGAGCGUGAACCGUGAAUUGCUAAAAAUCAGUAGUGGCCAGCCCAUCAAUCGGUAAAUAUUGGCCAGCAAACCGACCGCGCGACACUGCGGAAGUGGGGAAAGAAAGGAUCCUCCCAGGGAUCGGUGGCAGCAGCAGCAGCAGCAGCAGCAGAACCGAAACAACCGCAGCAGCAGCAGCCACCUCGAAAGUGGAUUGGACGCAGGGUCGGCUUUCGCUGGGGUAAGCCACACAGAACUGCACCCAACGAACCGGAUCGUCCGUCCGACGGGCAGCCAAUCGCAGCAACAGCAGCAGCAACCGGUGAGCAAGGGAAGGAAGAAGAAGAAGAAGAAGAAACAGAUCAAGAAGUCCGGCCGGUGGUUGUUGCGGAGCAGGGGAGCAUCGAAGGCACUGCGCCCCCCACUGCCGCCCCUCCGGCGAAGGCGAAAUCGGCCAGCAGUUCGCUGUUCAGCUCGCUGGUACUAGCAGCAGCGCCCAAGCGUCGCAAGGCAAACAACAUCAUCCCGGCCGGUAGUGGUGGUGGUGGUGGUGUUGUUGAGGAGCGCAGCGGCGCCAGCGUCGGCAUCGCCGAGGAAGGAGGCACCCCGGGCCCCGAAGGACGACGACGUGGUGGAGGAGGCGGAGGCGUAGGCUUCCAGCUGCUGACCCGCUUUCUCACUGUUCUCGGCGGAAAACGUGCGCACCGAACGGCCGCAAAAACGGGGAAGGAAUUUCUUCCGACAGAGGGCUUAAAUUUGUGUUUAUUUCUCUCUCUUUCUCUUUCUCUGUUCUCUAUCCUCUGGCCCAAUUACUCCUGGCCUCAUCGUCCCGGUGCGCUGCCUCUCCCACCUCUUCAUCUCGAAACUCGAUGUCCCGCCAUCCCGAUUGCUGCCGUCGUGUGCCAAUCGGAUCCUCCACCACAACAACGGCUGCCCGAUCCCGACCACUCCAUUUCUGAAAAAAAAACCCCAUCAUCGUCAUCCUUCUCCUGUUCCUGUGUGUCCUGCUACUGCUGCUGCCCGGCGGUCGCCCCGGUCGCGUGUAUGCGUCAUGACCUCGCCCGAACCGGACCCGGCGGAACCGAAACCGAAACAUUGUAAACUCUCUCAUUCCAGCGCUAUGGAUUUUGACAAAACCGUGGAAGCGAUGGACACGCAAGACGACAAUGAAAUCGAUCCGCCCAACAUUCAGAACCUCACGAACGCGGUCGCCGCUGCACCACCACCCCCGACGUCAGAGACCGCCGUCGCCGCAGUCGGGGCAGCCGCCGCCGCCAACGGGGCGAGCGCGGACGGGGGCGGGGAAGCGAUGGCGCUGGACGAUCAGGACUUCCUGAACGACGAGGUGCGGUCGGAGGCCACGUUCAGCUAUGUGAUAACGAAGUUCAGCCGGCUGACCGAGUCGAUACUGUCGCCGCCGGUGUACGUGCGCAACCUGCCGUGGAAGAUACUGGCGAUGCCGCGCAACAACGACAACUCGGUGUCGCCGGCCAAGGGGCUCGGCUUUUUCCUGCAGUGCAACGGCGAGAGCACCAGCAACAACUGGAACUGCUCCGCGUCGGCCGAGCUGCGGCUGCUGAAGGCGGACAGGAGCGCGGAACCGUUCAUCCGCCGGAUCCGGCACACGUUCUGCAUGCAGGAGAACGACUGGGGCUUCUCGUCGUUCAUGAACUGGCAGGAGAUACUGGACCCGGCGAACGGGUUCAUCGAGAACGACACGAUCACGCUGGAGGUGUACGUGAACGCGGAGCCGCCGCGCGGCAUCUUCUGGGACUCGAAGAAGCACACCGGGUACGUGGGGCUGAAGAACCAGGGCGCCACCUGCUACAUGAACUCGCUGCUGCAGACGCUCUACUUCACCAACCAGCUGCGGAAGGCGGUGUACAAGAUGCCGACCGAGGCGGACGACGACUGCAAGUCGGUGGCACUGGCGCUGCAGCGCGUCUUCCACGACCUGCAGACGCAGAACAAACCGGUCGGCACGAAGAAGCUGACGAAGAGCUUCGGCUGGGACGCGCUCGACUCGUUCAUGCAGCACGACGUGCAGGAGUUUCUGCGCGUGCUGCUGGACAAGCUGGAGAACAAGAUGAAGGGCACCAGCCUGGAGGGCACGAUCCCGAAGCUGUUCGAGGGCAAGAUGAUCUCGUACAUCAAGUGCCAGAACAUCGACUACACGAGCCGGCGCACGGAAACGUUCUACGACAUCCAGCUGAACAUCAAGGGGAAGAAAAACAUCCAGGAAUCGUUCAAGGACUACAUCGCGACGGAGAUCCUGGACGACGACAACAAGUACGAUGCGGGCGAGCACGGCCUGCAGAAGGCGGAGAAGGGCAUCCUGUUCAUGAAGUUCCCGCCCGUGCUGCACCUGCACCUGAUGCGCUUCCAGUACGAUCCGAUCUCGGACAACUCGGUCAAGUUUAACGAUCGCUUCGAGUUCGACGAGAUGAUCAACCUGGACCAGUUCUUGGAGUCGCAGGAGGAUACGCCGGCCACGUACAUACUGCACGCGGUGCUGGUCCACUCCGGCGACAACCACGGCGGCCACUACGUGGUCUACAUCAACCCGAAGAACGACGGCAAGUGGUGCAAGUUCGACGACGAUGUGGUGUGCCGGUGCAGCCGCAACGAGGCGAUCGAGCAGAACUACGGCGGGCACGACAACGAGCUGAACAUGCGCCACAGCAGCAACGCGUACAUGCUGGUGUACGUGCGCGAAUCGGUCGUGCACCAGGUGCUGGAGGAGGUGAAGGAGAGCGACAUCCCGGAGGAGCUGCUCGAGCGGCUGAACGAGCAGCGGCGCAUCCAGCAGGUGCGGCGCACGGAGCGCACCGAGGCGUCCAACUUCGUCAACCUGAACAUCCUGCUCGCCGACUACAUGGAGGUGCACCAGAAGUCGGACCUGUUCGACGCGACGACGGCCGCGUACCGCACGCUGAAGGUGCGCAAGACCACCGACCUCGCCUCGGUGGCGCAGCAGGUCGGGCGCGCGUUCAAGGUCGACCAGUACCGGCUGUGGGAGGUGAAGAAGCCCGCCAACCAGAAGCCGCACAAGUUCGAGUACAUCGAUCCGGCGUCGACGGAAACGUGCGCCAAGUACGCGUCGCCCGAGACGAAGCACUCGUGCACGAUCUUCCUCGAGCUGCCGCUGCCGGGCCGGACCGAGCUCGAGCCGGCCAAAAUCACGUUCGAGGACACGCUGCUGUUCUUCAAGUUCUACGAUCCGGUGGAGAAGCGGCUGAACUACUGCGGCCACGGCCUGUACAAACCGUCGACGACGGUCGCCGAGCUGGUGCGCGGGCUGAACAAGCGCGCCUACUUCGAGCCGGACACCGAGCUGCAGCUGUACGAGGUGGUGGACAUUAACAAGGCGCAGAAAAUCACGGACCAGUUCCAGACGCUGCAGACCGCCCUGUCCUUCCUCUGCCACGGCACGAUCAUCGUGUUCGAGAAGCUGCACCCGCCGCAGGACAAUCUCGAGUUUCCGACGUGCGAGGCGUACUUCAAGGAUCUGUUCUGCCGCAUGGAGGUCAUCUUUCUCGACACGCUCAUCCCGAACGAUACCGGCUUCACGCUCGACCUGUCGUCCGAGUCGACGUACGACCAGAUCGCGAAGGCGGUCGGCCGCCGCAUCAACGUCAACCCGUACGAGAUACAGUUCUUCAAGAGCAAAAACUACAGCGACCUGCCAGGGCAGCCGCUGUCGCACAGCUACGCCGGCUCGCUGCGGGAGGUGCUGCAGUACAGCAAGACGAAAACGAUCCGCAAGCUGUUCUACCAGAAGCUCUCGAUCAACAUCAACGAGCUGGAGAACAAGAAGCAGUUCCGCUGCCUCUACCUGAUGCCGAACCUGAAGGAGGAGAAGGAGCUGAUCCUCUACCCGAACAAGAACGGUACCGUGCGCGACCUGCUCGAGGAGGCCCGGAAGGUGAUCGAGUUUGCGGAGGCGAGCACGAAGCAGCUGCGGAUUUCCGAGCUGUCGAAGAACCGGCUGUCGCCCGGGCCGGCCGACGAUACGCCGCUCGACCAGCUGCACGACUACACCGAGAACCCGUUCGUGCAGAAGUCGAGCAUCGGCAACCAGACGAUGUACCGCAUCGAGGAGGUGGCCGAGGACGAGGUGGCGCUCGGCGAGCACGAGAUGCUCGUGCCGGUGCUGCACUUCACCAAGGACAUCUCGAGCGUGUUCGGCAUACCGUUCUUCAUACGCACCGUGCAGGACGAAACGUUCGCCUCGCUGAAGGAGCGCAUGAAGAAGAAGCUGGGCGUGUCGGACAAGGAGUGGGAGAAGUACCGGCUAGCGAUCAUCACCGAGCACAUCGACUACAUCGAUGACGAGAUGAUACAGAUCAAGCUGGAAACGUUCCGGGGCGAUCCGAGCGACCCGCACUCCCGGACCUUCCUCGGGCUGGAGCACAUCAACAAAAACACCAAACGCAGCAGGUUCAACUACAUGGAAAAGGCGAUCAAGAUUUACAACUAGAUAUCCAGCAAGCAGGAGAGAGCGAGAAAGAGAGAGAGAGAUAGAGAGAGAUAGAGAUACUAAAUUUGCGCUUUACAGUGCUCAGUGAAAAGCCUUGUUUUCCCCCGCCCUCAUCAGGAUCAUCGAUCGAUCGUUUGUCGUCAUCGUCAUCGCCGCUGCUAUCAUCACCACCGCCAACACAACCCCUCGACCUUUUUGUGGGCUGUUGAGUUGAGCCGCUGGGGGGAAUGUAGAAAGUGUGUGAGUGUAUUUGAAAUAACACGAUUUUUUGUUUCUAUUCUGAUCGGUUCUUGUCCAAUAUCGAGGGCACGAAACGGUCAUUUUAAAAUGCAGCAGCGGGUCCUCGGGCAUGGGACGCAAUUCGGCCUUGCCAGAGACCAAUGCACACGAUUUAUACUUGCUGUCGGUGAGACACUGAAUGUACCAUAGCAAUGAAUGUUGUGUAAACGAGAGAGGAGGCGUAUGCAAAAUACAAAAGAAACGGAUGAGACGAACUAGGUUCGACUUCAACACACACACACAACCGGUUGAAGACAGUCAAGAUAUUGCUUAAGCAUGCGCUUAAACCAAUAGGCGUGUUAUCGUUCAUUCAUAAAUUGAAUGGCCGGAAAUCUUGUUGCAUUGCCUCCAUACACACACAUACAUACUCUCACAUCCACAUCAGCAAAUAAAACAUCGAGAUAGGAGGAUGAAGCAUUGUAAAAUUAGCAAUUACGUACGGACCUGUUUGCUUUUAUGGGGAAAACUUAUCGCAAAAUGAAGGGGCGCCCCUAGCCCCAGUUAGGAACACCGCGCACUGCGAAACCGGAGAGCAAAGAGGAGCAAACCCUGUGCGUUCCCGGAUGCGCGAUUUGGGAGGGAGAUUUUUUUCUUCUGUUGUUGUCGCAUACGGUGGGUGUGCUCUAAAAUACUUUUAAAAGCGCUGAACAACGUUUCAUUUGGGCGCGCGCGCAAGCUUUAUACUGCUGUUUCGUGUGCUUUUGGUUGUAGUUCGUUUAUUAUAUGCUGCUUUUGUAUACAGUUAAUAUAAUUCUACUGAAAUUAAUGUGUUUUUUUUGUUCGCGUUGUGUUUUGUGUGUUUCAAUCCGGCGCUGUGUUUUGUGUGCCCCUCGCGCGCCAAUGUACAAUUCGGUUUAAUUUUUGCUGUGGAAGCAUGUUAAAAGACUCCCAUUGCAGCAGGACAGCAACGGCAGCGACGAACUCAGCACACAACCGAUCCGAUGCGUAAAAGAAGGUGCAGAAGUGUGGCGAGAUAUAUGUAUGGUUUGUUAAGGGCGAUCCGUACCUAUAUCAAGCAGCGAUGGCGCUGGCGAUGGCGAUCGCCAGACAAAGUCCCUACAAACGAAACCCGAACCAACCAACCAAUCAACCAUCAUACAAUUACUGCUGGCAUAGAACGUAAUAAUAAAAAAAAAACACAGAGUGUGUGUGUGGGGUGCUCCUCUCGAGCAACAAGUGCCACAGGGAGAUUAAAAAAAAGAAGAAAAAGAGAACGCCCCUCCCCAGAUGGCGGAUUAGGAAUUAAAACGAAUUAUGCAAACAGUUUAAUAUUAUAGAUAGUUGUGAGUGAAAGAGAGAUAAAAGCAGAUAAGUGUGCACCAGAGGACAGGCUAAUAAUGUUGAAAAAAAAAACGAUGAAAACUAAAACAAAAUACAUAAUUGCACACAAACACACAGAAAUACGCGCGGUGUAAGAGAUUUUGAGAUGUGCUAAAGGCAAAUUACAAGAUAGGAUGUACAGAUGACACUGACGGCCAACAGAAUGACGAACCUAGCGACCGGUUGGAAGAGUUGUCCAAGAGCAGGCGAUAACUGCAAAGUGUUAAUGCAAAACAUAAGGUGAUCUUGACAAUUUAAAGCUUAUCUGUGUGUCGUAUGUAAGCAUCGGCUGAGACAGUCAAAGAGAGAGAGAGAGAGAUAGAGAGAGGAUAGUAAUUUGUUACUAGGAAGGGAUUGCUUACGAAAAACACUGAUGAUGAGCAUAUUCUCUCUAACGAUUAUAGAAAACAAAAAACAUCGAUGGCGUAACAAACCCAGCGGAGACGAAUUAAUAGAAGCUUAAAAAAGAGAUACGAUUAAAACUGAACGAGCGGUGAGAAUUGUUGAGAAUGAGGAUUGAUGAAGAAAGUCCGAGUCUGCAGGCGCACGUGGCAAAAGCGCGAUCGACAGAAGACCAAGCAGCAUAUGAACGCGCACGUUUAGUACUGAUGAUCACAGCUCUGCCCCAGUUACUGAUUUAUAACUUUAAAACAAAUGUCUAAUAAGAAUAUUGUGCUAGCCUAGUGCGUAGCAUGGAGAAAGAGAGGGACGACAGAGAGAGAGGCAGACGGUCUAGCAAGACAGAAAACAGACACGAAAACCCUGCCCAAUGAUCAUAAUGGAAGAGAGAGCGAGAGUAAGUUCAAGCUGUUGGUGAAGCUCUCGUGACUUUCAUACACAACGUUGACCCCCCUCCCCUAGCCUUGCGAGGCAAGGAUUCUAGACAACUUACGUGCACUUACUAAAAACGAAGAAAUCCUUAGCUCUUGCUCUUCUGUAUGUGCGUGUGUGUUGAUACAUGGUAAACGAAGAGGAUGGUUCUUCAUGCCCCCUCCCCGAAACCACAGACAGAGAAUGUUGGCACACAGGAGAUUGAGUUAUAGAGAGUUGGAACACGCAGUUUUGAACGAUUGACUGUCGCCGUCACCGCCGCUCAGAGACUAGGAAAGUUAAGCAACAUUAAAGAGGAAAAUAAAAAAAAAUAAACAAAAAGAAA